CACAACACUUUACUUCUGUUCAUCAAUUAGCAAUUAAUCCAAAACCAUAAUGGCUGCCAAAAAUUCAGAGAUGAAGUUUGCUAUCUUCUUCGUUGUUCUCUUGACGACCACUUUAGUUAAUAUGCAAGUGAUGGCUCUUCGAGACAUGCCGCCACAAGAAACAUUGCUGAAAAUGAAGCUAUUUUCCUCAAAUGUUUUGGGAACUUGUAACGAUUAUUGCAACACAAACGCCGAUUGCUUGGGAUUUACCCUCUGCCCGUGGUGUAAGCUGAAGAAGUCCCCCAGUGGUUUCACAUACAGUGAAUGCUCCCUGUUGCCUUGAACAAUAACUACGAUCUAUCUAUUAUCUAUCUAUCUCUAUGUGUGUUUAUGUGCGUGCGCGUACUUUUUUUUUUUUUUAAAUUUUCGUCUUUGUACCUUUUCCCAUCAACGCUACUAUGUUUAGUGUUGUCUUUGUAUGUCUUUACCCUUUGGUGUGAAGAAUAUGAAUAAAGGGAUAUGUAUCUAGAUAUAUUCUAGGUAAUGUCCUAUUGUUUAUAAAA